CCGCCUUAUUCCCUGUCAACCGUGAUGUAAUGACGCAGGAAAGUCAAAGCGCAGCGCAAGGUACAGCAAAGCAGAGAGCAGUGACGCCUCGAAUCAAAAUAAAAUUCACUAUCCACAAUCGAUACUAAAGAUGUCUGCCGAAUGUUCUGAUACGCACAGCAAAAGGAAGCUGCUACUGUACCGCGAUUUGUUUUGUCGAAUAUGUCUACAAUACAGCAAGGGUGCGUUGAUCCCGAUCGAUGCAGAGAUAAAGAAGACAACACUGCUCGAUAUGUUUAUUCAGCUCACCACGAUCGAGCAUGAACAUAAUGAUGCAUUUCCAAGGUUUAUGUGUGAGCAGUGUGUCAGCAAGCUGACCCUGGCGUACAGUAUCCGCGAGGAGUUUAUAGCGCAAACCGAGCUGCUGCUGAAGUUGGUUGUCCAGAAGCAAAUCAUCAAGUACUAUGAACAGUUUCCGCUGGAGGAGCGAGUGUCUGUCGACGGGUCGAAGGCGGCGAAAGGGUCAGCAAAGCCAGCUCCUUCCAGCAACCCAGCGAAUGAGGCAAAAGCCAGUGAAAAAAUCCUUGCAAAGAUGGUUAGCACCAAACGGAAGGUACUGCUCCCGAACGUAAAGCCCGAGCAGUUGGUGAUGAAGGAAGAACCAAAGGUGGAAAUCGAAACGGAAGAGGCAGGAGAUGGUUUGAACGAUUCAAACCCACCGCCGCAAGAGGAUUUCAAUUUUGCCGACUUUUCGAACGAUUGGGAUUCGUCCAGCACCACGUCGAUCGACGAGGACGAUUGGAGCUACAGUCUCAAUCCGAUCACGCCGCAAAAGUUGGCCGAACUAACACCGGCCCGACCCUUCCGGCGCAAAUACCCGAAUGCAGGGGGACGCAAACGUGCCAAACAGUCGCCAACAGAGUCCCAGCAGGAAGUGAAGGAAGAGAAAAAGAUAAGACAAAAUCAGUUUUCCACCACGACGUGCUACAUCUGCGACACGAAGCAUGAGUCGAUCGAGCAGCGCGAUGAUCACUUCCGGCAUCACAUCCACAUGCUGCCGUACGAAUGCACGGAGUGCAUUGCCGACCCGCCGCUGGAAGAUUCGCCCGUAAAAGACGAGCAGCAACCGGCCGCCAAGCACAUUGUGCUGCGCAGCGUCAUCCAGCUGAACAGUCACAUGAUGAUGCACACGAUGCCGCACAAAUGCGAACACUGCUACAGGCGGUUCACGUCGACGUAUCUGCUGCAUCACCACACGUGGAACUAUCACGAGCACUCGAAGGAGGGACUGACGUGCGAAUGGUGCGGCAAACGGUACUACACCCGGCGUCCGUUCCAGGAGCACGUAAGACGCCACAAGCAGGUUGUUGCGGAACGGUUCAAGUGCGAGACGUGCGGUCGAACGUUCGGUUCGAAUGCGCUGCUCCGGCGCCACAUUAUGGUGCACACCGGGGAACGUAACCACAAAUGCACCUACUGUCCGAGGCGGUUUAGUCGCCGGUGCAAUCUGCUCGACCAUUUGCGCCUGCAUACCGGUGAACGGUGCCACAAGUGCAGCGAGUGUCCACAAACGUUCAACUCCAAGGCAUCGCUCGAGAAGCAUCAGCGGAACUAUCACAGCGAGCAUGCCGGCGCGAUACCGCCCAAGGGUGAUCGGAACAUUUACACCCUUCAAUCGGACGGCUCCCGGCUGUAUCGCUGCAAGUCGGAGGGGUGCACCUUUACGAGCGUUUCCAGCACGAUUAUGACCCAGCACCGGUUGCGGCACAACAAGCCGUGUGUUUGCGAGGAGUGUGGUCAACGGUUUGUCGCGCCCAAGUACGUCCGUAAGCACAUGAAUCUGAUGCAUUCGGGUAAACCGAGAAAACCGUACCAGCGGACGAACGCCGGUGCUAGCGGUGCACUGAAGGAAGCGAAGGAGGAGAUCAUAGAGGAGUCCUCGCCGGCCGAGCUGAGCGCGGACGAUUCGCUGAUCCAAGAGGUGAAGCUGGACGAGGAGAUGCAAACGGAGGAGGAGGAGGUGGCCUGGCCAAAGGUGAAGGACAACAUCAUACGUACCGAGUGGAAUGCGGGCGAUCUGAACGUUGUGCGGGAGUAUGUGGUUGAGUUUGUGGAAGAUUCCAAGGAGAUUGAGAUAUAUUCGCGUAUUUUGUCGCUCGAUGCGCCACCGGGCACUAGGGAAAGUUCGGCCAGCGCUGAAUCACUGUCCCUGUCGGGCGUCUCGUACAGUCGCCGGUUGGUGACAGUUGGAUGUUUGUUUACUUUUGAAACGAUGGAAUUGCAAGCGGAAGAUGCAUCCUGUCCAAUGGAAACUUGUUGUACGUCAUCGAGGAAAGCCGUACUACGCCGGUUCUGUCGGCUUUGCAUGCGCGAACAUCCGUUUCUGCUCCCUUUCGAUGCGAAGCUAAACGAAAACACGAUCGCCAAUAUGCUCGAGCGAUUGUUGGGCGCAUUUAGGCUGGAACAAACACCGAAUCUACCGGACGGAGUCUGUCCACGCUGUGUGACGAAGCUGGACUAUGCAUACCACGUACAGAAAGAGUUGGUACGCAAUGAGCAUCGGUUGAGACACUACCAGCAGGAGGGCAAUCUGCUGUCGAAGUUGUUUGAAUAUCAAACCCAAAUCACUGUUUCGAAGGCAACCUACACGGACCGCAUGAUGGAAGAGCACGGUGACGGGUUGCUGGCAGAAAGAAUCAUGGUUGAUGAUAGCUAUGACGCACCGAACAUGCGUGAGGCCGAAUCAACGGCUGCCACUUUGUUCGACACGCUGGAACCUCCUGCCCAGUGGGCUGUUGUGGCCUGUGACUGUCCACCGAAGCCGGCAGCACGUUUUCCAAGGCGGACUGUACGCCCCACUAGCUCCGUGCGUCCCCCAAAGCAAACGCUACUCAAUCGACGUGUAUUGCGCACGAAAUUCGGUGCAGAAAAUCCAACCGAUGUGAUCGUAACACCCAUCGACCCUUGCAAAUGUUACAUAUGCAAUACCGUGCUGGAAACAGAGGAAGCACAAAGGGACCAUCUGGUGGAGCAUGUGAAUAUGCUGCCACACACGUGCCCCCAAUGUUCGCGGGAUGGUGAACAGGGCGAAGAAACGAAUAAUCCACCACUAACCUCGCUGGCAAUGUUGCAGCGCCACUAUCGAAUGCAUUCGUAUCCACUGCAGUGUCCGCACUGUCCACAACGGUUCCGGAAGCAUGCGUCGAUUUACGCACACGUUCGCUACCGGCACGAACUGUUUGAUAAUCCGGAAGGAUACACGUGUGACAUAUGUGGCGUCACGAUGCGAUACCGGCCCUCGUUCCGUUACCACAUGCGUAUUCACUAUCACGAGCAGAUGGGAACGUUCAAAUGCCAGUACUGUGAUCGUGUUUUUGGCACACGAGCCCGGCUAGAGCGGCACGAGCGGGUGCAUACUGGCGAACGACCGUACGCAUGCCAUCUGUGCCCGAAAACGUUCAUUCAUUCGGGCCAGCUAGCGACACACAUAUCGCGCCAUAACAAUGAACGCGGUCACCUGUGUGCCCAGUGCGGGAAAGCGUUCCUGAGCAAGGCCAUGUUGCGACAGCAUCAGGAGUCACACGAAACGCACUCAACGCGGAAGGUUUCCACUACGUACAAAAUGCGGCCACGACCGUGUCAGUAUGCCGGCUGUAAUCACUUGGCUCGAACGUAUCAUGCCUACUACCUGCAUCGGUUACGGCACGAAAUGGCCCAUCGGUGUGACGUCUGUGGUCGACGCUUUGCACGAGAUUGUGAAAUGAGACGGCAUCGGCGUAUCUACCACUCGUCCGAACACCCGUUCAAAUGUGAGCAGUGCAGCAAAACGUUCCUUAGCUCGCAAAGCUACCGGGAGCAUAUGGAUUCGCACGCCAACUUGCGCCGGUUUGAGUGUGAUAUUUGUGACAAAAAGUUUGUACGUCGACGCAAUCUGGUCAAUCAUCGUAUGUCCCAUAGCAACGCUCGCCCGUACCGGUGCGAGGAUUGCGAUAGCGCGACGUUCAAGUACAAGAGCGAUUUGAACCGACACCGGAAAGACAAGCAUGGGCAGCAAGCGGAGCAGGAAGCUGAUACGCUGACGCGAGACGGAGGCGUUGCCGUGGCGGAACAGAUUGUGCUGCUGAACGAGGAAGAUCCCGUGAUGGAUGGAAUGCUCAUAGAAAAUGUACCGGAAGGUAUAUUGAUAAAUGAGGACAUUGAGCUGGACGGGACGUACGGCGAAGUGAUAGAAACGGUGGAAGAGUCCAUCGUCGUGGAGCAACCGAUUGUUAGCUUCGGUAUCGAUGAGGUGACCAAGGAGGAAUAUAUUAUAGAAUAUAUUAACCAUGGACUUGGGCGUUGUUGGUUUGUUUUGAUAAAGUGGUUUACAACGUGCACACUGCACUGUGCACCUUUGCUGCUCGAAAUGGACACACCGAACGCGUUAAAGCACAGCGGCAGCGGUACUCCGAGCGCGUCAUCGUCAGCCGAGCGCAAAGCGCCAAUUGACGGAAAGCUCCCUGCAGAAGUAUCGUCCGACGAGUUUUGUCGAAUAUGUUUGCUGCGGGCACCGGAUCUGAAGCCGCUGCUGGAGCGCGUGGACGGUGUGAUGAUUCCGGAAAUGCUGUACAAGCUGUGUGGGCGCCAGAUUGAGGUGCAGGAUGGUUAUCCACGCAGCAUCUGCCAGCGGUGCUUUUGUCAGCUGGACUGUGCGUACCGGUUUCUGAACGAGUUUCACCAGCAGGAUGAACGGUUGCGCAGCUUCUAUUGGAGCGGUUGCGUCGCGAAGAAGCUGCAGGAGUAUCAGCCCGAGGGCAACGAAACGGUACACAAACGAAUGGGUGAGCUGAUGGAGCGCCACAGCGAUCUGUUUGACCGGCAGGAGCAGCAGCAGCAAGAGCCGGAGCCGGCAAAGGAGAUGUGCAACAAACAGACCAAUACGUCGGUCAUACAGCCAACGAUGGUUGACGCCAGUACGGCUACGGAACGGGAGAAUGUUAAUCUGCAGCUCGUCAAAACGGAGGAAGACACGGAGGAUGACACGCUGCUGGAGCAUUACGUCGUGGACGAAGAGAACGAGGAAUCGUACCUUGAUUACAGUAUCGAUAGCACGGAAUCAAUGACGAAGGAGGAGCAGCAGCGGCAGCUGCAGGUGGUGGAAAUGAAGAUAGAUGUGCUGCAGUCGGUGGACGAUACGGAUUCUUGCAUUGACGAAAAGCCCCGCAAAAAGAAAAUCUCACAGCAGGCCCGAUACAUGUCCCAGCGUCGUAGGGAAGCGAGAGUACAACAGGCCUCGCCCGAGACGGCGAUGGAAGAAAGUAUCCCGACCGAUACGGAUAACGAUCAGGCGCAGGGCGAUCAGGUACUGUACGAAGAAACCGAUCCGGAGGACGUGCUGGAGGAAGGAGACGAGGACAUGUUCGACAAGCUGCGGUGUUACAUCUGCGACGCAAACGAGCCAACGGAAGAAUUGUUGGAAAAUCAUCUCGAUAUGCACAGCACAAUGCUACCGUACGAAUGUACCGUGUGUCUGGUGGACGGUGCCACGCCACGUGCGAUCAAAACCGUCUCCUCCCUGCAAAACCACUUCCGCUCGCACCGGUACCCACACUGGUGCGAAGUUUGUGGCAAACGGUUCCUGCGCAAAUUGCAGCUGGCAAGGCACAAGCACACCCACAUGGACAAUCUGUUCGUGUGCGAUGAAUGUGGCCGCGGGUUUACGCACAAGAAGAGCUGGCAAAAUCACACGAAACGCCACACGGCCCUGCGCUCGGAGGUGUACAAAUGUGGAACGUGCGGCAAAGCGUUCGGCAACAAGGCACGGCUGGAACGGCAUAUGCGCCUGCACACGGGCGAUAAGCCGCACGGGUGCAAGUACUGCGAGAAACGCUUCUACGACCGUCACCAGCUGCAGUGCCACACGGAGAAACACUUCCGGGACAUGGCUUGCCGGUGUGAGUACUGUGGCGAAACGUUCCAGGGCAUCAAGAAGCUCGACGCUCACAAGCAAGAACAGCAUCUGACCGGCAAGGAGCUGGAAGAGUUUCUGGAGAAGCAGUCGAAGCGAGCGUCCAAGCGGCAGGCUAGCCUGAAGGACAAUCUCUGCCCGUACCCGAACUGUAACUAUGUGGCUAAAACGUACGGCGCGAUGUACGUGCACAAGCGCUCGAAGCAUCUGACCGGACAUCAGUGCGAGAUCUGUAACAAAUCGUUCGCCUUCCUGAACCAGUACCAGGUGCACAUGAAGCUGCACACGGGCGAGAAACCGUUUCAGUGUGAAAUUUGUGGCCGUAGCUUCCGGCGCGGGUUCAGCUACCGGGAGCAUAUGGAGAUGCACAACUCGGAAACGAACUACAACUGCCCGACGUGCAACAAAAGCUUCAAGCGGCCGCGCUAUCUGCAGGCGCACAUGCUCACGCACACGUCGGUGCGUAAAUUUUCGUGCGAAAUCUGUGGCAACGCGUACAAGACGAAUGGGGAGCUGAAGAAGCACAACAAGAACAAGCACGGGCUGGACAUUUUGGAGCAGGACGUGGUGAUCGAGUCCGAGGAGCAGUCGUUCAUCGUGGAGUACGUUUAG